GGGAGGAGCUGAGACAGGUGGACGCUCCUUAACCGAGAGACACACCGAGAGACACACCGAGAGACACGCCGCGAGGAGGAGAGGAGCGCGAGGAAGCUGAAGACAGCCGCAGAUUACAGCAGACGGACGGACAGCGUCCAGAGAUGUCCAACAAAAAGGAAAACAGUCAUGUCAAGAUCACCAGGAGUCAGGCCAACGACCUGGCUGUGGUGAUCUCUCGCAUGCAGGCGAAAGCAGACCAGGUGGAGAAGAACAUCCUGGCGUCAGAGAAGCUGCUGGACGCGGACACAGAGCGUGAUAGGAAGAAGCAGCCUCUGAUCCACCAGAAGGAGAACGCAAACAACCUGGGUGAGGCCGAGGGGCUGCUGAAGGACCUCUUCAUGGACGUUGACAAGGCCAAGCGGCUGCACCACCCGCAGGCCAAAGAGAUCGAGAGAGAUGUUAAAAACCUCCAUGAUCGCUGGGUGAAGGACUGCGGCGUCUACAGGGAGCUGUACUCCCGACCGCUAGUUCUGGACCCCAAACAAAAGAUCGACUGGGGUCCUCUGCUGGAUGAAAAACUGAAACAGCUGAAUGCAGACGGAUACGGCCCCAACCUGACGGAUUUAGAGAAGCAGAUAGCAGCACAUAACAUCCUGCACCAGGAGAUCGAGGCCUACAGCGACCAGCUGCAGCCCAGCACCACCACUUCACCGGAGCAGUACAGCGCCCUCAAAGAGAAAUAUGCCAAACUUUAUGAGAGCUCCCAGCGGAGACGAGCAAACCUGGCCUCUCUGUACGAGUACGUGCAGGGCUGCAGUAAGGAGCUGGUCUACCUGUCGGGCCAGCAGGAGAGGAUCCUCCAGAGAGACUGGAGCGACCGCAUGGCCGACCCCCGAGGCGUCCGCAUGGAGUACGAGCAGCAGCUCGAGAUUAUUGGCAUUCCUUUGCUUUUUUAUUGUAAUUUUACUGGGACUGAACAAACUGUUGAUAUUUUCAGUGAUGUGUCUCUUGCGUUUGUCCCCGUGCAGAAACUGUCCUUCGGGAAGAUCGGCUUCAGUAAGGCGAUGUCCAACAAGUGGAUCAGAGUGGACAAAUCAUCCGAGGGCGGCCCGCGGAUUUUCAGGACUGUGGACAGCAUCGAGGACCAGGUCAGAGAGAAGCUGCUGCAGGUGCAGAACGGAAACACCUCCGAGCUGGAGGAGAAAGAGAAGAACGAGCUGAAGAAGAGGAAGCUGCUCUCUGAAGUGACGGUGAAGUCGUACUGGAUCAGGAAAGGCGGCUCGUUCAGCACCACCGUCACCAAACAGGAGACGGAGCUCACUCCCGAGAUGAUUGCCAAUGGCAGCUGGAAGGAGAAGAAGUUUAAGCCGUAUAACUUCGAGGCGAUGGGCGUGGCUCCUGACUGCGGACACCUGCACCCGCUGCUGAAGGUGCGGACGCAGUUCAGGCAGAUCUUCCUGGAGAUGGGCUUCACAGAAAUGCCGACCAACAACUUCAUCGAGAGCUCUUUCUGGAACUUCGACUCGCUGUUUCAGCCUCAGCAGCACCCGGCCAGAGACGCACACGACACCUUCUUCCUGUCCGACCCGGCACUCGCCCACGGGUUCCCGCAGGACUACCUGGAGAGAGUGAAGAGGGUCCACUCAGAGGGAGGCUACGGCUCGCAGGGGUACAAAUACGACUGGAAGAUCGAGGAGGCUCAGAAGAACAUCCUCCGCACUCACACCACAGCGGUCAGCGCACGCAUGUUGUACAAACUCGCACAACAGGAGAAGUUCACCCCCGUCAAGUAUUUCUCCAUCGACCGCGUGUUCAGGAACGAGACGUUAGACGCCACCCACCUGGCCGAGUUCCACCAGAUUGAGGGCGUGGUCGCCGACUACGGACUCACACUGGGAGACCUGAUGGGCGUCCUGCAUCAGUUCUUCACUAAACUAGGAAUCACCAAACUGCGCUUCAAGCCUGCCUACAACCCGUACACAGAGCCCAGCAUGGAGGUGUUCAGCUACCACGAAGGACUACAGAAGUGGGUUGAAGUGGGAAACUCGGGCGUCUUCAGACCGGAGAUGCUGCUGCCGAUGGGUCUGCCCGAGGACGUGUCUGUGAUAGCCUGGGGACUUUCUCUGGAGAGGCCCACCAUGAUCAAAUACGGCAUCAACAACAUCAGAGAGUUGGUGGGACACAAGGUGAACCUGCAGAUGGUCUACGACGGCCCCAUAUGCCGACUGGAGUCCUGAGGUUCACUUUAUCAUUAUUAUUUUUAUUUUGAAUGGACGCGGCUUACCGUUACCACGGGACACCUCUUUUCUACGUCUCACUCUCUCCAGUCCGAGCACGACCGGUGAAACCAGCUGAGAGCAGUCGACUUAUUUUUCAGCUUUAACACAUAAGACUUCCCUUCUGCUGCCAAACAUCAGUGCGACUAAAAACGGAUUCAUGACAUCAACCUUCCACAGUUUAUACAGAAAAUGACCCACCUGUACAGGAAAGAUACACAUUUUGGAACUUAAAGGUUCAAUAAAAAGCUUUUUUUCCAAAUAA